CUGAAUUAAGAAGAUUUGUUCGUCAAAUAAGAAAAUUAGGGCUCAAAGCUAUUUGGUCUUCUUUUGCAAAUUGCAAUCCAUUAGACAAAAAAAUUGCUAAAAGAAAAAAAAUUCCCUUUUCCAAACUGAAAAAUCAAACUCCAUCGACUCACAAAAACCCAGAUUUGAGAAUCUCUAAUUGCUUAAAAAUACACCAAAAGUUUUUAGUUUACAGGUCUGUUCCCUUUGCAAAACCCACCUUCAAAUUCCCUCUCUCACAUGGAGUUUUCAGCAGAUUUAUUCGGGGAAGACGAAGAAGAUGAACAGCAAUACUCCCAUGAAAACAACGAAGAACAGCCAAAGCAAGAGGAAGAAGAAGUUGACAAUGAACAAAGAGGUGUUCGCCCUUCUUCAUCCUCUGAUUCAUCCCGUUCAUCCUCGCCGUCAAAUUCAUCGUCUUCCUCCUCAUCAAGAUCUUCUUCUAGCGGAAGCGGCAGCGGCAGUGGGAGUAGCAGCGCGAGUGAGGAGAGAGAUAAUGGUGGUGGGGAAGAAGUAGUUUCCGAUAGUAGGAUUGUUGCUAGGGAUAUUUUUGGGGAUGAACCUGAUGAUGAUGAUGAUGAUAUGGAUAAUCAGGAAGAAGAUGACCGAGAUCUUUUUGGGCCUGAUAAUGAAGAUUAUUGCAGAACUAAAGCUAUUAGCCCUCACCCUGUUCCUGUAUUGCCUCCUAUGAUUCGCAAUAACCAUUAUCAAGAUGGAGGUGGGGGUGGGGGUGGUCGUGGCCGUGGCCGCGGACGGUGGCAAAAUGAUAGGGGUGCUGGUAUCCUACCUCGGCCUGGAUAUCCUCCCAGACAAAACUAUGGCGGGUUCAACUCCAGAUUUCCUCCUGUUAUAAGAGAUGAACGCUUUGUUUCUGAGCUCAAAUUUGCAAAUAGCGAGGAAACACUUUCGAGAAGAGCUACACAGUUCCAAGAGCCUUCCGAAUUUGCCUGCUAUAGUCGUGUGGAAGGUGGUGAGGUCUUCUUCGAUGAUCGCAGUUUGAGGCUUUUUAAGCGACUGAUCAGUGAAGAUGUUGGAGCAGAUCUAAAUGAAGGCUUUGAUACUUACAUCGAGAAAAAAGAUUUGGGCUCCCAGGGAUUUGGUGAUCUUCUUGCUUGCAUAAGACAUAAAAGAAUUCCUCUUGAAAAUAUGCAUUUUGUGACGUAUCGGAACAAUCUAAAUAAGAUUUUGGCCACAGCUUAUAUUAGAAACGAGCCUUGGGAAAUGGGAGUGCAUAAGAGAAAGGGAGUGGUCUAUCUUGAUGUUCACAAAUUACCAGAAAGGCCACAGACAGAGAUAGAUCGCAGAAGGUGCUAUUGGGGAUAUUGCUUUGAGACCCUUGCAACAGAAGAUCCUAGAAGGGAUGACGGAGAGGGUAUACAUCAUAUAGAUUCCAAUGUUGAAUAUUGCGCUGUUAUCAAAACAAAACUUGGUGCUCAUCGAAUAUUAAUGGGUGCUGAAAUGGAUUGCUGUGACUCCACCGAUGAUGGAAGGAAGUUUUAUGUGGAGUUGAAGACUUCCCGAGAGUUGGAAUAUCACACGCAGGAAAGAUAUGAGAGGGAGAAAUUACUCAAAUUCUGGAUCCAAUCUUUUUUAGCCGGGGUUCCCUAUAUUGUUGUUGGCUUUAGGGAUGACGCAGGACGGCUUGUUCGGACAGAAAGAAUGAGAACCAAAGAAAUAAAUCAAAGAGUGAAAAUGAAGAAUUACUGGCAGGGUGGGGUUUGCUUAGCCUUUGCCGAUGAGGUUUUGUGCUGGCUUUACGGAACUGUUAAAGAGGAUGAAGACUAUAUAUUGCAGUUUGCUCCACCCUUUACCCGUUUGGAGCUUCUACGGGCAAACUCCUGUCCAGACGCGAUUACCGACCAUUUAGACCGAUAUCAGCUAUCGCGAGAGCAAGACAAGGAGCACGGAAAUUCAAAACUCCAAAAAUAUACAUGACAUGCUCUGCUACUUCCCAUUUCUUCGAUAUGUAUUUCUGAAAGAAUUGGUAACCUUAUAUAUCAGUGAUGCAGGUUAUAUCAGCUGUAAAAAAGCUGAUGGCAAUUUUGGCUUUACCAGUUCUUCAGCCUACCAAUUUUGGCUGAUGUAAAGUUGGUUGAGCUUGUAAUGUAACAAAAGAUAACAAUAUUAAAGAUAUACUUGAAAAACUUUUGAGGUUAA